CUCAUGAAAUUUUGUGAGCGUAUUGAAUAGGUCUGAGAAUCGGCCAACAUCUAUUUUUCAUCCCCCUAAAUGUUAGGGGUAGUCCACCCCUGAUUUUUUUUUUUUUAUUUUUUAGACAAAAUUUUUAGUUUCUAUUUUUUUAUGAUACAACAUACAAAAAUACAUACAAUCCUUAAUUUUUACCCUUCAACUAUCAACCCUCAUUUUUUAUUAGCCAUUUUAGUAAUUUAAUCAUUUUUUAUCUCCGGUCGCAUUAUGCUCGCAGUUUCAGCUGGACAAGGUGGGUUCUUCUUUUUGGAUGCACCGGGUGGAACUGGCAAAACAUUCGUUAUUUCGCUAAUUCUUGCUGAAAUACGAUCAAAUAAUGGCAUCGCAUUGGCCGUUGCAUCAUCGGGCAUUGCAGCAACUUUAUUGGAUGGAGGUAGAACAGCUCAUUCAGUAUUUAAGCUGCCACUAAAUAUUCAGAAUAACCCUGACGCAGUAUGCAACAUUAAGAAACAAUCGUCCAUGGCCACUGUGCUGAAACGGUGUAAAAUUAUUAUUUGGGAUGAAUGUACUAUGGCACACAAAUAUUCACUUGAGGCGUUGAACAGGACAUUGAAAGAUAUUAAAAACAGUGACAAACUAUUUGGCGGAACUCUGUUGGUCCUUUCAGGUGAUUUCAGACAAACACUUCCAGUCAUUCCACGUUCAACAUACGCUGAUGAGAUCAACGCUUGCUUAAAAUCAUCUCCAUUGUGGCGUAAUGUUGAAAAAUUACAGCUAAAAAUAAAUAUGCGCGUUCAAAUGCUUCAAGAUCCAUCCGCUGAAACAUUUUCAAAACAACUCUUAGAUAUCGGUGAUGGAAAAGUUGCUAUAGAUGAAACUGGAUACGUAAAAUUACCGACCGAUUUCUGCACAAUCGCUGAUUCGCAAGAUACUCUCAUUGAACAAAUAUUUCCCGAUGUACACACACGGUACAUAAAUCAUGAGUGGCUUGCAGAAAGAGUGAUUUUAGCGGCAAAAAAUGUAGACGUUGACAAUUUAAAUCUGAAGAUACAAAUGUUGUUGCCAGGGAACUUGGUAUCAUAUAAAUCUAUUGAUACAGUUUGCGACGACAGCGAAGCAGUAAAUUUUCCCACAGAGUUUUUGAACUCACUGGAUUUGCCAGGCAUGCCACCGCAUAAUUUACAAUUAAAGGUUGGAUCUCCAAUUAUCUUGCUUCGUAAUUUGAACCCGCCUCGGCUGUGCAACGGUACGCGAUUAGUCAUUCAAAAAUUAAUGAAAAAUGUGAUCGAAGCCAGAAUUUUAAAUGGCAAGUUCAGAGGUGAAAAUGUACUCAUACCACGGAUUCCUAUUAUACCUACAGAUGUGCCAAUUCAAUUCAAACGUAUUCAGUUUCCGAUUAGAUUGGCAUUUGCAAUGACUAUCAACAAAUCCCAAGGUCAAACGAUGUCUGUUUGUGGAUUAGAUUUGAGAACACCAUGUUUUUCACACGGACAAUUAUACGUGGCAUGCUCUCGAGUGGGUAAACCAUCCAGUUUGUUUGUGUUAGCUAGAGAUGGACUAACAAAAAAUAUUGUUCACGCUAUAGCAUUAAGAGAUUGAUAUUGUUUAAUAGUGUUACUGUCGUAAUUGUUUAAUUAAUGGUAUAUAAUUUUAAGGAAUCAAUUAUAAUAACUUAAAAAUAAUGUUUGCCUUUUGUUAUUUUUAUAUUACCUCAUCGUUCACAGCGCUCCAUGCUUAUUUCACGCAUAUACCACAUUCUUACAUAUAUACAAUAUACAUAUUCUAACAUACAUACAUACAUACUUACAAUAAGUAAGCUAUUUUUUGUCUACACAAGAAAUGACUAGGAAAUUAUUUAUUUGGCAAAACAAC